AGAGAGAGAGGACAGGGAGAGAGAGAGCUGAGCAGAGCACACACGUCGCACUAUCAACUAGAUCCAUCUACGAAACAAUUCGCAGGGAGAACGGGUCUGAGCUGCGUAGACACUAAAGGCAAGUUUGAGUUCCCCACUGAACAGUGCACCGGCGGCCACAGCUGGCCGUCAUGGACCCGGGCAGAUCAGGCUGCGGACACCUCGAUGAGUGCGUCCUCACCGUUUGGGCAGAGUGUGGAAGGGGAGAAGUGGGCGCUGCGAUCAUCCUGCCGCCGCUUUCUUCGCUCCCCAUGCGCAGCAGACGGUGCUGAGUUAAAGCGGAGGAGCUGCGUAGUGAAGCGCCCGGGAGCUGGAAAACUAAAAAGUGCGUACAGCGGUGUGGACGGACGCGCAGCCACAACCGGCGGGGGCGACCCAUGCAGGCAAAUAUGCUGUUCCGUAGACUCACCGGAUUCACGCUGCUGAUCCGAACCGACUCACACCAGUGUUACCAAACGGACCUUUACGCACGGUCAUACAGCAGGACCGCAUGAAGGACAGCUGCUCAAAGAAAGGGGGAAAGUUGAACGCGGUAGUGGGGGUUUUAAUGGACAAAGGCUCGCCAAAGGUCUCUGGAUCCAAAUGUCACCCCCCUUGGACUCUGCCCCGUUUGGGGACCAUCAAUGUGUGACGGACAGGCGAGUGGAGCCUGCGGUGGCUCUCUACUGUGUGGCUUCAAAUUGGCCCUGGCUGAGCUCUGUAUGGAGUGACGAAUGAAGAGUCCUGCUUUGGUCUGAUGUCUCAGCAUGGAUGGAGUCAGUCAGAGGACUGGCCACCACUAAUGAGGCUAUCGCUCUUCAGCUGAGGACGAGCAUUUUCAGGAUUACACCCACAGUUUCCUGCUCUUUUCCCACCUAACUGCAUCAUUACCAAACGAUAGGUGGACUUUUCGUGGGUUUGGUUUUUGGUGGAUAUAUAUUGACUUUCUGAUUUAUUCCCUCCCAGUUCUUUUUAUUGUUGGUUUCCCUUUUCCCUUUUUGUUUUUCCACUAUGGAGUUUCUGGCUGGACCCUGGAAUAGAGAUUGGGCUUCAUUCUUGCAGUUUAUGUUGACUGUCAUCCUAAGCCUCCAAAUGCAAUUCAGACCUGGUGCCUCUUGCCCGGCAGAGUGUCGUUGUGACAAAUCGUUUGUGUACUGCAACGAACGCAGCCUGACAUCAGUGCCUCUGGGGAUACAGGGGGGCUACAAGGUCCUGUACCUACAUAACAACCAGAUCAACAAUGCUGGCUUCCCUGUGGAAUUUCACAAUCUGGCCUCUGUGGAGAUGGUUUAUCUGUAUGGCAACCAGCUGGACGAAUUCCCCAUUAAUCUGCCAAAAAACACUAGGGUCCUGCAUCUCCAGGAGAACAAUAUCCAAACAAUCUCCAAGGCAGCCCUGGCCCAGCUGACUCAAUUAGAGGAGCUGCAUCUCGAUGAUAACUCCAUCUCCACAGUGGGGGUGGAAGAAGGGGCCUUUAGAGAGGCAUUAAGCCUCAAACUCCUCUUCCUUACCAAGAACCACUUGAGCAGCGUUCCCAUUGGCCUUCCUGAAGACCUGAAGGAGCUGCGGUUAGAUGAGAACCGCAUUGCUGUCAUUGCAGAAGAGGCCUUCCAGAAUGUGACACGCCUGCAGCGCCUCCUGCUGGACGGAAACCUGCUGACGGAUGAGGGCAUUGCUCCCGGGACCUUCCGGGACCUCGUCAAUCUUCGUGAGCUGGCUCUCGCCCGCAAUUCACUGACCUUUCCCCCACCUCUCCUACCUAGCCAGUCACUGGUUAAACUCAGCUUACAGGAGAACCAGAUUGACCAGAUCCCUGUGGCAGCCUUCACUGGCCUAAAUAGGCUGGAAAAACUAGAUAUCUCCAGCAACCAACUUCAGACUCUAACACAGGGUGUGUUUGAUAGCUUGUCGAGCCUAAAGCAUCUCAUUGUGCGUAAUAACCCCUGGCGCUGUGACUGUGCAGUGAAAUGGGUGGUGGUGUGGCUCAAGUCACUACCUUCCUCAAUUAACGCCCGAGGGUUUGUGUGCCUAAGUCCAGACAAGGUGCGUGGCAUGAUGAUCAGAGAGCUCACACUGGAUAUUAUUGACUGCCCUGUCGAUACUGACCAGCCGCCUUGGCCCACCCUCCGCUCCACACCCCCUCCUCCACCCACCACCCCUCCUGUCACCACCAUGAUAUCCAACCUCAUCACCACAUCCACCCCCUACUACUUUGACUCGCCCUCCCCUCCCCUACCCCCGAUCCAUAACAACCCUCCUGGGCCCCUGCCUCCUUAUGAGGAUCCCCUACAGAUCUCCUUCAAUGUGGUCAACUCCACUAGUAUUGAGGUGAGCUGGGAUUCCUAUUUCACUGUCAAAGCCUACAAGAUCACAUGGGUGAAAAGGGGCCAAAGCCAAAUCAACCAAGGAAUGCGUGAGCGAACAGUGAGUGGGGGUCUGCGGCAAAUCAGCCUCACCAACCUGGAGCCCCGGUCUGUGUAUCGGAUCUGUGUGCACAUGCUGGACACCCUUAACUCCUACAGGCCUGGAGAGGAUACUAUAUGUUCUGAGGCUAGGACCAAGUCUGCCUUGUCUACUAAGCCUCCUGGCAGAGACCAAGGUCCUCAGGAGAGCAUCAACUCCACACUGCUAAUGGCUGGGAUCAUAGGUGGGGUGGUUCUUAUCAUCCUGGUAACUCUACUCAGUUUGUUCUGCUGGCACAUGCACAGGAAGAGCCGGUCAUCUUCGACCAAGUGGAAAUACAACCGAGGCAGGAGAAAAGAUGACUAUUGCGAGGCUGGAACCAAGAAGGAUAACUCCAUUCUGGAGAUGACUGAGACCAGUUUCCAGAUAGUGGCGCUGAACAAUGAGCAGCUGCUCAAGGGAGAUUUCCGCAUUCAACCCAUCUACACACCCAAUGGGGGCAUUGGAUUUAGAGACUGUCACCUCAGUAAUAACAGUAUAGCCUACUGCAAGAGCAGCAAUGUGCCCAGUACAGAUUUCAGUCACACGUGAUGCAGCAGCAACUAGUACAGUUGCACACACAAACACACACAUACAAGAAACAUUUAAUAAAUGCAUAAAUACAUACACAUACACUGUUUGUGUAGGCAACCAUAAACAUAAAAAUUCUAGUGAAAUAUACCUGUACUAUAUAUAUUUCCAAGUUCUGUCUAAGGUGUAAUUUAUACUGUGGAUAAUGUGGGAUUCUCUGCUAUCUUUUUUAUUCUUAGAAAAAGAGAUACAAGUGUUUCUUUGUUUUAUAACCAGCAGGGUUUGAGUUGUUUUAAUGGUCAGUACUGUACACGAACAUGGAUUUGUACAAUCACGGCACCUUGGGUGUAGCUUCUGAUGAACGCUGUCAGCCUUGGAAACAUUGAGGCGUUUAGAGGGCUGGGAUCCUUUGCUAACCACAGAAGCAAAAUAUGGCCUUUUUGCGCUUUGACACGCUGCAAACCCUCCCCAGUACAACAGAACAGUAGUAAAGGCAACAUAGCACAGGGCAAAUCCAAACACUGCUGAUGAGAGCGCUGUGAAAAUGUAGCACUGGUUCGUUGGUGGCAUGGUGUAAAAAACAAUUGAAGUGCACUUUCUUCUUAAUGGGAGCACAGCAAGAAAUGAGCAGUGUUGUCGAUCACAUGUAAAGGAUUGUUGUGUCAUUGGUGCUUUUGGAAAGCCUGGACUGAGAUUUCCCAAAAGUGCUUUAACACUAAAAGCAUCUUUGUUCUAUUGAUUUACAGUAGAACAAAAGUGGGCUUAGUCUAGAGACACUUUUGGAGAACUCUGUCUUUUCUAGCACGUUUUUUUGUUUUUGUUUUUGGUGAUUAUUAGCAUGAGUUUAAAAAGCAACAAAGGGUCAUUUUCCCUAAUUAGGUGCAUGGAUGUGGUGAGACACGGAGCUCCUUUUGAAGAAAUUCCCUUUGUUCUGCUUCUUUUUUUUCUUUGUUUUGACAAGUGAGACCACAAGGGGGCAGUUACCCUCAGUGUCAUGUGUGGGACAGGAAUAGAGGACAAAACAGACAGGAGAGAUCACUUUUCCUCCACCAUUCCUCUGGAGUCCAUUACCCAGAUGACAUUACUCAUUCCCAAACAGCAUUGUUUAGAGUAUUAUUGCUCAUCUAGCUACUCAGUGAUGUGGACUCAUUUAAAACUAACAGUGUUUUCUGUGUUUGGCAGCUAAAUUAUAUGGAUUUUCACCACUGUCCUCUAUCACGAGGGAAGGCCUUUGACUGUGUGUGUGUUUGGAGACACACACAUAAUGCUAAUUAUACACCCACUUAUUUUAGCCUUGUCCCAGCAUUCAUUAGGAUUUUUGGAUAAAUUAAGAAAUUACAACAAUGAGUUCGCACUCCGCCCAUGAUCCUCACAGUGCACAGUUGUGACUGAGCAGCUCAUAUAGUGCCUCAUCAUUUAUCCUUUCGUACCCAUUUACAGUAUGAGGCAGCCUAUUUUAUUUACGAUUUGCUCACCUGAACAGUGCAGCUGCUCACUUCACAAUACUAGUAUCUAAAAUGAUGAUGCUCACCCAGUCCACCCUGAUUUUCUGUCUUUUAUUCCUGUCUGCUGUCUCACUGUCUGUCUCUACACCUCUGAUCGCUGCAUGGGCUCAAUUAAAACAGUUUCCCUACCCUUCAGCUCACGGGCUGUGGUGGCAGCUCUCUGCAUGUGAGGUGCCAGCGAGAGGUCUUCAUUAUGCACUUCUUCAGAAGACUUGAUUUGAUUUGACAAGAUUUUAUUUUGAGGGGCCAAGCUUAAAGAAUUCCCAGCACCGACCCGUCUGCUGCCUCUCUUUCUUUUCCUCCUCUUCUCAUAAUCCCCGACCAAAAAGGGGAGAAAAAUAUGUAGACCUUAUUUUCACUUGGCUGCAUGGAGCUCACACUGGGACAGAGAGUGUGUUAACUCUUUGUGAGACACGGAGAUUCAGCUGCAAGAACAAACACAGUAGAGAAUUAACACAAUCUAGGCCAAAUGUUUGGAGUAAAAUGACUUUUUAAGGGCUUGUACUCGAGUUAUUCCAGAGUGUUGUGAUCUUGAAAUUCCAGCAAUAGCUCAUAUGGACUUUAAGUUAAGGUGAUGCAUUCAUGUCCCUGCAUUUAAAAUCUGUUUAACAAACAUAACAUUCUGAACAUUAACAAACAGGAAUGAAUUAAAUAAUCUGUCUUAACAUGCCAUUUAGUGUGAUAUUAUGUCUUAAAAAUCUUGUUUACAAUGAGAAAACAGACACAUUUUUCACUUAUAUGUCAAGUUUAUUUUUAAUGCAAAUAGCAAUGUGUUGAAAAAAUAUUAUUGAGAGACCAUCAUUUUGAGAAAUCAUUUAUUUCACUUUAGAUGAGAAAAGUGAUACCACACACACCUCUAUGCUAAAUAUGAAGCAGCUGCUAGCAGCCAGUUAGCUUAACUUAGCAAAGCAACUAGCUUGGCUCUUUCCAAGGGUAUGAAAUUAUCAAUUGUAGAUUUUUUUUGUACAAAUAAGACAAACAAUAUAUAUUGUGUUAAUAUGUAAGCUUUACAAAUGCUUAGGUGUAUUUUGUUAUUUUGGACAGAGUAGCCUUACUACCAUUUUUGGUCUUUAGGCUAAGCUAAGGUAAUUGAAUCCUGGUUUACAGCUUCGCAUUUACCAUAGAGAUAUAAGAUUGGUAUCAAUAUUUGCAUACCUCUUGGCAAUAAAUGCAAAAUGUCAAACUGAGCCUUUAAGUGAAAAGAAAAAGUAAAAGAACUUGAUUUGAAUUGGAAUGAUCGCAUUCCCCUGACAAAUGAUGUAAGACUAAAUACUUUAAUACAUGACUUGUCUAGAUGGAUUUUUUAUGUUGGGUUUAUUAUUAUGGCGCUCUUCUGUGGUUAUCAAAGCAUUUCCAAUUUUUAUUUUACUACUUUUCUACUAAUAUCCACAUCGGCACACCUAAUACGCAGAUGCACCAGGCUGCCCUGACCCACGCUUUGAUCUAUCUUGCUUAAAAAUCAUGAAGCCUAACCUACUGACAGUUCACAUAUG